GAUUACUGAUAUUAUCGUCGAUAAAUACCCUGGAUCAACGACGCGCUCACAAAAGAAUAUAUACUGGAAUUUCCCACAGUUUACGCCCCGCUUUGACUUUACUGUGAUUAUCGUGCAACGCUUUAGAGUAUGUUCAAGAAGUUUGACGAAAAAGAGGACGUUUCUUGUGUGACUAAUGCGAAGAACUCCAGAGCAAAAGUUAUUAGAAAACGAAUUUGUGAGGACUACGGCGUUCCAUCUCAGUUCAUUGAGCAAAUCCUCCCCAAGAAAGACACUUUCAAAGUUGUCAAAUGCCACGAACAUAUUGAACUAUUUUCUGAUCCACAGGGAGAUAUAUUAUUUUUCUCGCAACGUGAGGGGCCAUUUAUUCCUUCGUUGAAACUACUUCACAAAUAUCCUUUCAUCCUUCCUCACCUUCAAGUUGACCGUGGAGCUAUCAAACAUGUCCUGAAUGGUUCUAACAUAAUGUGUCCUGGUCUCACAUCUCCUGGGGCCCGCAUGACCCAAGUGCCAAAGGAUUCUGUUGUGGCCAUCACAGCAGAAGGAAAGGAACAUGCACUGGCGAUCGGCCUGACCGUUUUCUCAACUGAUGAAAUUCUUCAAGUCAAUAAAGGAGUUGGAGUGGAAAACCUUCAUUAUCUCAACGACGGCCUAUGGCGGCUGAAACCCGUUCGAUGAUGACAUUUGCUGUUGUUUUGUAUGUGUUUUUCCUUGAGGAAUAGAACGAAUUCUCUGAC